UCAUCUACUUAGAGGUAGCUCAACUACCAUGUCUGAAGCUGAACCCCGCCGAUCGGUGCGCAGCACCAAGGGCCAACACAAAGCCCUCGACCAGCUCGACCAACCGCCAGAACAGCCCAAAAAGCGCGGGCGCAAGAAGAAGGAAGAGAAGCAGGAGGAGCCUGAGGAGAUCAUCCGCUGCGUGUGCGGCGCCACAGACCAGGACAACGCCGACCCCAACGAGCCGUGGAUUGCCUGCGAGACGUGCGACGCGUGGCAACACAACGUGUGUAUGGGCCUGAGCAUUUUCGAGGAAGAUCUAGCUAGUAAAUACUUCUGCGAACAAUGCCGACCGGCCGACCACAAGGAGCUGCUCGACGGCAUUGCCCGCGGCGAGGAGCCGUGGGUCGACCGUCGCCGCGCGUACGAGGAAGAGAAGGCUAGGGAGGCCGAAGAGGCGAGCAAGAAGCCCAAGAAGGGGAAAAAGGCCAAAGCAGCCGCCGCUGCUGCUGCUGCUGCGGCUAGGCGCGCGAGUGAAGCCCCCAAGGAGCCGGCUGCCAAAGAGGAACGAGCUGGGACUCCUGCUAGUGUCAAGGGAAAGCCAUCUCCUGCUCCUGCGGCGGUUCCGACCCCAACUCCCGCCCCCGUGCCUACGCCUGCACCUGCGCCUGCACCCGUACCUGCAGCGGAUGCAAAGAAGGAGGCGCCUCCCAAAGCUGCCGCGUCCGCCGCCGGCAGUAAACGUAAAGCGCGCGAUCCGGCAGAUGACCAAACACAAAAGGGGUCUGCCUCAAAAGUACGCAAGAUUUCGGAUACCCAGAGUGCACCUGUCCCGGCUGAGGAACCCAAGGCUAGUGCCGAGCCAGCAACAUCCAAGCCAGCAACAUCCAAGCCAGCCACCGAACCCUCCCCUGCUUCAGUACCGGCACCGGCUGUGGCUCAAGUUCCAGUCACAGCUCCAGCUCCGGCUCCGGCUCCGGCUCCGGCUCCAGCUCCGGCUCAGGCUCCGACUCCAGCUCCGGCUCAGGCUCCGACUCCAGCUUCAGCUCCAGCUUCAGCUCCAACCCCAGCUCCUCCACCUCCAUCACCUCCUCGCCGCAAAGUCAAGUACGAGCCUCCUACGGACUUGCCGGCUGCCAUCAGUGAUCUACCCGCUGCACAGCAAUCUACAGCCAAGGCUCUCAGGAAAAGUAUUUCUACCGCAUUGUCAGCCCUGGAGAAGAAGAAGAUUUUCUCUCCGGCCGAGGGAUCCACGGCAGCACAAGCCGCGGAGCGUCUUGCUAUUCAGAUCGAGCGUGCUGUGCAAGACACACAUGCCAACACCAGCAAAUAUGCUGCUCAAAUCAAGACUCUGGCCUUCAACCUCAAGUCUAACACAGACCUCGUCAAGGGAUUACUUGAGAGCACUCUGUCACCUCCAAUCUUGGCAACUAUGACGACGGAUCAGAUGGCCUCGAAGGAGCUGCAGCGAGAGACGGCCGAGAUGCUUAAACGUGCAGAGAAGCAGAGUAUCUUGAUCAGUGACAAUGGGCCCCGCAUGAGAAAAACUCACAAGGGUGAAGAAAUAGUCGAGGAUGAACCUUCCUCGGCCGUUGAUGACGCGUCUAACGCCCGAAUAAGGAUCCGCGAGCCCGUUUCUGGCCCGGCGGGCCCGGUUGACAAUGACCAAUCUCCUACUGAUCAAAGCGGAGGUGAUGCCAUGGAGGUAGAACUGCCAGCCGAUUUGGAUAUUCGUCGUCCUUCACAGACUGCCAGAGAAAAGAUGAGGAUAGACACUCAAUCAAGCGCCCGAUCACCAAGCUUCGAUAUAAACAAAGUAUUUUCCCAGGUCAAGUCCCCAUCACAGCCGGGACGACGACUAUCGCAGGCGGUGACUCCGGCCAAGGGUUCCGUGCACGACCCUGAUGUCGACAGGAUGUUGAUGGGAGAUGAUGCGACCGAAUCCGAUGGAUACUCUCCCACCGAGGAGACGGACCCAGAUGUCGUCUGGGGAGGAAUAUUGGAUAUGCCCAACGUGGCGAGCGUGCCUGUCACAUCAAGAUGGGCGGGUGGUGGCAACCUUUUGAACGCGUACGGCAAGCCGUGGAGUCAAGUCUUUCCAUCCAAGCUACAUGUCCAUGGUCGUCUGGACGAGGAAACUACGUCUGCCUACCUAUGCGGCAUGAGAUGGAGGGCCGAGAUGGACGUGAUAGUUACAGGCGUAUAUCCAGCAAGGGACGAUCGCAAAGCGGAUUUUGCAAAGAUCGUGUCGUAUUUUGUCCAAAGGAAUCGCUACGCCGCUGUCACCAACCCUCAGCCUGGCAUUACGGCGACGUAUCUAAUUCCGGUUCUUCCCGACCAGCCUUAUCCCGAGAUAAUGCUCAAUCUUGAGGACAACAAGAUACCCGAGAAGCGCACAGAGCCCAUGCUCCUCGCUGUGUUUGUAUAUCAAAACCAGGCGGCACAAUUGCAGGAACUCCGCGAGAAGCAGGCUCGGGGAGCAGCUUUCCCGCACCCGCAACCUCAAGGCACGCCGACGCCAAAUUCAAUGGGUAGCAAACCUAGACAUUCCUCUACAUCAGCACCGACCUGGUCGCCCAGCACACCGCAGGGAGGUUUUCCAUCGACCGUGGCGUCUCCUUCACCAGGGACUAACGGUCUGGGGAGGGGUCAGUUUCAGCAUCAGCAGCAACCAGCCCCCGGCGGACCGGCGUUUCCACACACAACGCAGCAGUUCUCGCACGUACCUCUUACACCUCAUGCCCUGGCUGCUCAAAAGCAGCAACAGAUGCAGCAACAGCAGGCUGCUCAGCAGUUGAGCGCAGCAUCACCCGCAGCUGGUAACGCCACUGCGACAAACUUCCAUGCUGCCGGCCCGCAACCGCCCUCGCAAGCCGCGAUUGCGCGCGCCACCAGCAUCCUGGGACCAGAGCUUGUUCACAGCGCGACAGCCCGGAUGUUGCUAUGUGCUCCAUCAGCCAAUGAGAUGCAACCGAAAGAAUGGGAGGUGAUCAAGAAGGUGUAUACUGAGAACCCUGGUACCAGAGAUGACGCACAACUUCUCAGCACGCUACUGCACGACUAUAACGUGAAGGAGCAGCAACAUCGAAUGGCAGCGCAACAGCAGCCAGCACGACCGCCGGUACAGCAACCGCCACAUCCACAACAACAGCAGUCGAAGCCAGCGCCAGCGCCAACGCGUCCUGUGCAGCCACCACAAGCACGACCACCGCAACAACAACCGCAGCAGCAACGAAUUCUCUCCCAGAAGCCACAGGGGCAGUCGGCAUCUCCGGCGCCGCCCCCACAACAACCGGGCGCUGCUGCUACUACCGCCGCAACAACUCAGCCAGCGCCCCCACGCCCAGUAUCGCAAACCCCUGUCCCUAUUCCACACGUGCCACACACGCCACAGAAUAAGCUUCCCGGCGCUGCUGCUGCGGCCGCCACCAGGGCGACGCAGACUCCGGUGCCUUUGCCAUCGUCAGCUCCCGUGACUGCUCAAGCAACAGCUGCAGCAGCGUCAGCGGUCCCUCCGACAGCUGGCGGGGCGAAGUAG